AUGGGGGUCGUCACGGCUGUUGAAAUGGAACUGUCUGACGUACUUCCUCUGCAAGAUGAUGGUACAAGGCAACUAAUGGGAUGCUCCGACUCGUCCCCAUAUCUCCGCGGUGUGCCUCUAAGCACAGUCGCUAAGAAGCGACAUCUCUUCAGAGACUCUCAGGGGAAUGAAGACACCUACACCCUAUCACGGUCUGUGGACCAUCUCGAUGCUUUCGUCAGCCAUUCGUGGUCGGCCAAUCCACCUUUAAAGCACAUGGGUCUUGUCGCCUCUCAGUAUUAUUUUCUAGGAUAUAUUGUGGCCAAUGCCGUGGUUAUAUGUGUCGGUGCCGGUCUUAGCUUUGCUGUGACCGACCGAAUCGCAUUCCUAUUUGCUUUUGUGGCUUCUGUCAUCAGUUUCCUCCUGGCGUUAUUCUUCGGUUGUCGAAUACCUGGCUAUAAGCAUGCGAUGAUAUUCCUCGACAAAUGUUGUAUAUCCCAGACCGAUCAAGUAGCGAAGCUUCGCGGAAUACGAGGUCUAAGUUCGUUCCUCGGCAAGUCCAACGAACUUCUCAUUCUCUGGUCGCGCGACUACUUUAAGCGUCUCUGGUGUGUCUUCGAAGUUGCUAGCUUCUUGCAGCAACACGGUCUCGAGCGGAAGAUCCAUCUGGUGUCUAUAAGGCAAACCAAGUUUGCUUUCAUAAUAUUUGGUGCAGAGGUAUUCACCAUCAUCAUUGUCUCCGUCUUGGGUAUUGUCAGUGCUGAUAUGGAAAUGAAGACCCCCUACUACGCCUGUAUGUUAGGGGCUUGCUUCAUGAUGGCGGCUUUUUUGGGCGUAUUCAUCGUCUAUGAAUACUUACCACAUAGACUAACUCUACACCGACAAGCCAGUGAGUUUACCGUUGCGGACGGCGAAUGUCUGCUUGAGGAGGACAGGCUACUUAUCCGAGAUUUGAUCAAAAAGUGGUAUGGAUCCCUCGAAGCGUUCGAGGAGUAUGUUCGUGGUCACAAGGAGUAUAUAACGGGUAGGAGCCGUCCUUGGACUGUGAGUGCUCUCACCCUUGCCAUUAUAUCGCUCCCCACUGUGCUGGCAUGUGUCGGGCGAGCGGUCACAAUUUGGUGCUCUCAACCGUUCUCAGACACUCUGUUAUGGUGGAGGACUCUAUCGUGUUUUAUCCCAACUCUGACUCUUCUGCUCUGCCGGAUGCCUUUAUUGGUCUUUGCGGCUUAUGCUUGCUUCGAACAGAAGAGGAAACCCCGAUGGAUCGAGGCUGUCUCGAUGGUCUCUCUCGUUCUCGUUUAUGAGACUCUCGUACUCCUAACGGGUGGUACUAUGCUAUUCGACAAGACAUUGAUGGGCAUAGUCCCCGAGUUGAAUGCCUCUCUCUUUACGAUCGUUAUACCCCUCUUGGCAUUGCUCAAUACUUUUCUGCUUUACCGGAGAAACUUAUCAAUUGCACUUAAGUAUCGUGCCAAGACUUGUACAUGAGUAUCAUCAUCAUAAAAAUCGCUGACUAUAACUACGCCCUCUUAUUAUUUGUUCCUCCUUGACAAUGUAUACCAUCAUCAUGUCCGUCCUCCCUGGGGACUGCUCGGGAUCACUCGUAUCUGUUCAGACCUCACCAUCGGUCCCUACUCUUAAAUCCUAUACUUGUUAUGAUUUGUGUAUAGCUCAAGCCAACGAUCUAGGCGAUGAUCAAUGCUUGACACCUCCACAAUGCUGAGCAAAGUGGAUCACGUUAUCGUCUGAAACCUUCAAGUUGUAUUAUGUUUAGAUCGUUUCUACUGUCCAAUCCCUCGUGCUACAGCUAAUCCUGCUAAAUAUCUAGGCG